GGGUCGUGCUGGACGUUCUCGGCGACCGGCGCCGCGGAAAUGGGCAACUGCAUUGCCGGUGGCCAGCUCUACAACCUCGCUGAGCAGCAGCUCGUCGACUGCGACCACGUCGACAACCAGCAGGGUUGUGAUGGCGGCUUUGAAGACCGGGCGCUUGAUUGGAUCGUUGCCCAGGGCGGUCUCUGCCUCGAGUCUGCCUACCCGUACACGUCGGGCGCCACCAAGAAGGCCGGUACGUGCAAGACGUCGUGCACCAAGCAGCCGCUGCCGUACAUCGGCAACUCGGUGAGCAUCCAGGGCGAGUCGGCGCUGACGACGGCCUUGGUGACGCAACCCGUCACGGUCGCUGUCUACGCGGGCAACGACGCGUGGCAGUACUACCAGGGCGGUGUCGUCUCGUCGUGCCCGUCGGGCCAGUCGGACCACGCCGUCAUCGCCGUUGGCUACGGCAGCAACUACUACAAGAUCCGCAACUCGUGGGGCGCGUCGUGGGGCGAGGCUGGCUACAUUCGUCUCCAGCGCAACGUCGGUGGCGACGGCACGUGCAACGUGGCGGGUCAGCCGGCGUACCCCAAGCUCAAGGCGGGUCCGGCCCCGACGUCUGCGCCGACGAAGGCGCCGACGAAGGCUCCCACCAAGGCACCGACGCCCGCUCCUACGGACGCGCCAUCGGGUUCGGACUCGGGCUCCGGCUCGUGGUGGUGGUAAAUCUCUCGUUGCGCAAACCCACCUCGCGGACCCCAAUGCCAAUGCGACCUCGUCGUAUAGCGACCUUUAAUGUUCCAGUAACGUUAUGCUGUUUCAAACGUUGCAUC